AUGUCUGCAUCGGCCAGCCCAAGUCCGGCCGAAACCGCAGUGACCGCACCCAUCACCUUCAAACAGAGAGGGCGGCGAGCAAAGGAGAGCUUCAGGAAACGGCCAGCGAGCUCAACGAUAGAGCCAGCGCGUGGCAAUCCAGAUGAUUCCUCGUCUUCAAGCGACGAACAUGACACGUUAGAAGGACCCGGAUCAAGCGUGCGAAAAGACUGGUAUGACCAGCCCAUGGCAAAGGGUCCAGCUCGUGCCGCAUCCAACGUGCGCAUCACCACAACCACCGACUUUGCUCGCGAUGUGUGCAAAGACUACGCGAAAACGGGCUGGUGUGGCUUUGGAGAUUCUCGCGUGUUCCUUCAUGAUCGAAGCGACACGCAACAAGGCUGGCAGCUUGACAGGGAGUGGGAGGUGCACAACAAAAAGAAGCUCCCUAGCAACACCAAUAAGGGUGAGGAUAACGGGAAUGCAGACGACGACACGACACUGGACAAAAUUCCCCUUUCCUGUCCCAUCUGCGAGGGGCCUUACAAGCGCCCUAUCGUAACCCAAUGUGGCCAAUACUUUUGCGAAGCCUGUGCGCUUCAGAGAUACAGAAAGGAUCCAACCUGCAGGAGCUGUGGAGUCGCAACCAUGGGUGUAUUUAAUGCAGCAUCAAAAUUGGAACGGCAGAUGCGCCGGAAGAGUGGACGCGAGGAGGAAACGACGGACAGGAGCUAG